GAAAAAUAUUAUUUAAUUUUGAUUAACAUAAUAGGCAAAGUGGAAGAUAAAAACGAGAUCUGAAAAAUAAUUGUUUUAGAAUGUUAAUUUAAUGUAGUAAAAGUAAAACCAACAUCGAUUAAACGCGAUUAACCGAUUGGUCAUAAAUGACAGAUAACCAAUGAAGCAAACGUCAUUUGUCAACCAAUCGGUAAUAAAUGACGUUAAAUGCAUUAUUCAUCUGUCAAUAUAACCGCCUGGUUAAUCGCCUUUAAUUGACUCAAGUAAGCAUAAAGCAAACGCCCAAGAAAUUAUAACCUGUGGUGCAAACAGCCUAAGCCAAGGCGAGAAAGGACAUGCUGAUACGUCACAGUUGGUGAUUUGGCGUGGUGGGCGCUUCAGAUUUCUUCCACACAGGAUUUAUGAGGAUAGGCUAUCCUGUUAAAACUACAAAAACAUGCCAAGUCAAAAAUAUUUUGAUUUUGAUUACUACAACUACAAAUUUUAUAAUUGAUCAUCAGAUGAUGCCUAAUAAUUUAUCAGCAAAUGCCCCAGAAGUAGACAUAAACGAUGUCUUUGACGAUAUCUUGUUCAGCGAAGAAAAAGUAAUUGAAAAAGGCUAUCAACAAGGCUUCGCCCAAGGAGCUUUAGAAGAUACAAUCGAAGGAUACCAUUUGGGCUAUCACAGAGGAGCAGAAUUAGGAUCAGAAAUAGGAUAUUACCAGGCAUUUGCUCGAUACCAUUUACACAAAGCUGAAACAUCAAGUAUACAAGAAAAAGUACUUAAAAAUUUGCAAAACCUUCAGCAAGGCUGUAAUGAAUUUCCUAAAACAAAUUCUGAAACUGUUGAUUUAUUUGAAGCCAUAGAGAAAAUUAGGGGACUUUACAAAAAAAUUUGCAUGCAAUUAAAAAUAAAAAUUGAUUUUAAGAAAGAAGGAACACAAUUUUAAAUAUGCUACCAAACAAGCUUAAAGUGAUCGAACAAAUUAAACAGAUUUCAGAGCAUUUGGAAAUGUAUCUUCCAUUAGCCAAUGUGCACAUGGUAGAUUAUUUCACUAAACAAGUAUUUUUUGAAUAUACACCAAAAAAUAUAAGAGAAGAAGCUUCAAAUUAUGGAUAUAAAAAUAUAAUUGAAGCAAUUUAUUCACAAGAAACUGACAUAUUUCCUUGUAUAAAUCAAUAUAUUGAAAAAAGUCAAGAAUUUACCUUAAAAAAUACCAAACUUUGCAUGUCUUUUGACCAAUUCAAAGAAACUCUCCAAACAUUAGGCUGCAAUGAAAUAACUUCAUUAAAGCUAGACAUAUUUAUGAAUGCAAAAAAAUCUCAUGAAGUUGAAAUAUUGAGUGGUAUAGCUGCAGCUAUAAAAACUCUAUCAAAAACUUCACAUUUAAUUGAUAUAGGCGAUGGCAAAGGUUAUCUAAGUUCGAUGUUAGCUUUGCAUCAUAAAAUUCCUGUUUUAGGUGUCGAUGCCUCAGAAAUAAAUACAAAUGGAGCUGUGGAUAGAGCUAAUAAAUUAUCAAAAGUUUGGAACGGAGUUGUUAGUGAUGUUAAAACAAGAGAAACUAGUAUCAGUUUCUACAAACAAGUUACAAAAUUUGUUGAUGAAAAAGUGAAUUUUGCUGAACUUAUUGAAAAUAUUUUUCUACAAAAAUCUAAUAGAUUAGGAUUGGUGGGCUUACACACAUGUGGAAAUUUAACACCGAGUUGUUUGAAAAUCUUCAAAGCCUCUGAUGAAAUAAAAAGUAUUUGCAAUGUUGGUUGCUGCUAUCAUCAUUUGACUGAAGAAGGGCAACUUGGAUUCCCUUUGAGUGAGUUCUUGAAAAAACAAAAUUAUGUUAUUGGAAGAAAUGCUAGGAUGAUAGCUGCUCAAUCAAUAGAAAGAAUUUUGCACAAAAAAGAGAGGCCUAGUAGAGCAAUGUUUUACCGAGCCUUAUUCCAAAUUAUUAUUGAAACAAACUCUAGGAAAGAUGAGCUCAAAAACAAACAAGUGGGAAGAUUCAGAAAGGAGAGCCCCAAUUUUUUGGAUUAUGUUAAAAAAGCUUCUAAAAGGAUUAAUAUGAAUUUGGAACUUUCGGAUGAUGAUAUUAGAGAUCUUUAUUCACAAUACGAGCAUAGAAUUGAUGAAAUGGAUUUAUUUUAUUUAAUAAGAGCCAUGCUGGCCCCAGUAGUUGAAAGUUUAAUUCUCUUAGAUAGACUAUUAUUUCUAUAUGAAAAUAGUUUUAAAAAUUCCUUUUUGGUACAAUUAUUCGAUCCUGUUGUAUCACCUAGAUGUUAUUGUAUUGUUUCAAUAAAAAACUGAA